ACGAAAGCUUUUACCGGGUGUGGAGUGGGAGAUUGUAGAGAUCAGAGCGAUAAUCAUGUCUGCUGAGCGUUUGGCCAAGAUUCCUGAAGCUGAUAUCGACCCGAACGGCGUGUUUAAAUACGUGCUUAUAAGAGUGCACAGCAAAACCGACGAGUCUUACGUGGACGUAGUGCGCGGCUACGCGUGGGCCGAGUAUCACGCUGAUAUCUAUGACAAGGUUUCUGGUGAGCUGGAGAGAGCAGGCGGCGUGGACUGUGAGUGUAUAGGAGGUGGCAGGAUCAGACACGACAGUGCUGACAAAAAGAUCCACGUCUACGGCUAUUCCAUGGGCUUUGGACGAGCCAAUCACGCCGUCUCCACGGAAAAACUGAAGACGCGAUACCCAGACUAUGAGAUCACAUGGGCAAAUGAAGGCUAUUGAUUCAACAAGCAGGGUUUUACCACGGUGGCCUGUCCAUGAACAAUCCUUGGAUUUGAGCUGUUUAUAGAACAACAGCUUCUCUUCUCUGCUUGAACAGGAUGGGAAAGUGAAGACGUCCGUGUGUGACGUCUCAGAAGCUGAAAUUAAGGGAUUUCUCAUUAACAGCAGAUGAAUUAAUGUUUACACAUUAACUACCUUAUUAAUAUUCUUAUUUAUAUGUCUUUCCACUCAAGAACUGCCCAAUUUUGGAUUAGAGACUGCAAAGUUUGUCAAAUAACACAAUAGUAAAGGAAUUAAAUUUAAUGAAAUGUUAUUAAAAGUUGUUAAGAAUUAUUAAACCACGAUCAUGCCAUACAACGGUGAGCUUCAUAAGAAGCAAUAAAUUGUAUGUCUUGUGGA